UCCCUCUUGCCAUAUAUACAUGUAGCUCACUCACUAACUCCUCACACGUUCUAUACCGCUCUCAGAAAAUUAGUGAAGGAAAAUUCAAAUUCUGUUUGCAAAUGGAGCUUGACCUUUCCCCAAAGUUGGCCAAGAAGGUGUACGGAGGAGAUGGAGGCUACUACUACUCUUGGUCUCCGAUGGAGCUUCCUAUGCUUCGUCAUGGUAACAUUGCUGCAGCCAAGCUAGCCCUUGAGAAGAAUGGGUUGGCUCUUCCUUCUUAUUCUGAUUCAUCGAAAGUGGCUUACGUGCUACAAGGUAGCGGUGUUGCUGGAAUAGUACUUCCAGAGUCAGAAGAGAAGGUCAUCGCCAUUAAGAAGGGAGAUGCCAUUGCUCUCCCUUUUGGUGUUGUGACAUGGUGGUACAACAAGGAAGACACUGAGCUUGUCGUUCUCUUUUUGGGAGAUACUUCCAAAGCUCACAAGGCUGGUGAGUUCACCGACUUUUUUCUCACCGGAUCAAAUGGAAUUUUCACUGGUUUCUCAAGUGAGUUUGUUGGCCGAGCAUGGGACUUGGAAGAGAACGUAGUGAAGACCCUUGUUGGAAAACAAUCGGGUAAGGGCAUUGUCAAGCUUUUGGAUGGCUUCAAGAUGCCAGAGCCGAAGAAGGAGCACCGUCAGGGGAUGGCCUUGAACUGUGAAGAGGCUCCAUUAGAUGUUGAUAUUAUCAAAGGAGGAAGGGUCGUUGUACUGAAUACUAAGAACCUUCCUUUGGUUGGUGAGGUUGGGCUUGGGGCUGACCUUGUGAGGUUGGAUGGAGGCGCAAUGUGCUCUCCUGGAUUUUCUUGCGACUCUGCACUACAGGUUACUUACAUUGUUAGGGGCAGUGGCCGUGUUCAAGUGGUCGGUGUGGAUGGCAAAAGGGUAUUGGAAACUACGGUUAAAGGUGGUAAUUUGUUUAUUGUGCCACGGUUUUUCGUUGUUUCGAAGAUCGCUGAUCCAGAAGGGUUGGAGUGGUUCUCCAUCAUCACAACUCCAAACCCAAUUUUCACCCAUUUGGCUGGAAGGACUUCAGUAUGGAAGGCUUUAUCUCCACAGGUGCUCGAGGCUUCUUUCAAUGUGGAGUCUGAUGUGGAGAAGCAAUUCCGAUCAAAGAGGACUUCUGAUGAGAUUUUCUUCGCUCCACCAAACUAGAUUAAUUUAGUUGUUGCAAUCCUCUUAGUCGUCCCAAUAAAAAGCUCUAUGUUAAUAGGAAAUUGAGCUGAUAGUAUUUCGAUUUAGUUUUAUGUUAGUUGCUUUUGUGUUUUUUCUUUUUCUUUUGUGUGGUCUUAGUCUAGGAUUUGUGUUGUCUUUAAAAGUUUUUUCUCAGACUGUAAGUUUUUAUCAACUUUUUAGCAAUUCUUAGUUUAUUUUAUUUUGUUAAAAACUUUAA